AUGGAUGAACAGACAAGCGCAUCUCUUUUAAAAUGGGCCCAACUCUUCGGUGAUGCUACUGGACGGGAAAUGACAUGGACAGACUUAGUAGAUGGAAUUUUCUUGAAUGACAUCAUGAAAAAAAUAAACUCGAAAUAUGAAUAUUUGGAUAAAUUCGAGAGGAAAUCCUCAGAGCAGAACAUACAGGUGGAGCUGUGGAAGUCACUGAUCAAUGCAAUUUUCUCAUAUUAUCAGGAUACCCUGGAAAUCGUCAUCUUCAUGGAGCCGCCAGACAUCUUCUUAAUAUGCAAUCAACCCUUUACAGCAGAAAAUACUACGGUAAAGCAGUUAAGUAAAACGCUACUACUGCUACUGGGCUGUGCCGUUCAGUGCAAUAACCGCAGGAAGGUACUUGAACAGAUAAAAUCAAUGGACCUUGGAACUCAACAGCACCUACUAGGCUGUAUCGCUGAGGUCACAGAUUGUACCAAAAAUUUCGUCUUCAUCGAUCGCCUAUUUGCCAAAAAAGAUGGCCGAAAACGUGAUAAUAAUAAUAAUAAUAAUGUUGAUGAUGAUGAUGAUUAUGCCAAUGUUUUACCGCAAAAUUUGAAGAACUUGGCUAUUGAGCGAAAAGAUCUUAUACUGCUGUUUAUAGUAUCUGGAUAUGUGGAGGAGUACAAAGAUAGAGUGAAGGAUCUAGAACUUCAGAAUGCUACGUUAACAGAGGAAUUAAAUGAGGCCAAGUUACACAAAGAGGAAAUGAUUAUGAAACUGCGAAUAUUAGAAGACGAAAACGAAACUCUUAAAGUGAAACUAAAGGAAAUCGAUUACUGGAAAAACCAAUCCACGUCAGCUGAUCUAAAAAUAGAAAAUCAAGAUCGGACUAAUCAGGAGUUGAGAAAUGAGGUCACAGAGAUGGAAAGAAAGUGCGAGAAGUUGAUGAAGGAGUACAAGACUGCCAAUUAUGAUUUACAGAAAGACAUUUUCAAACUAUUAGAAGUCGACGCAAUGAAUAGAGAGCGACUGAAAGAAUUAGAAAAUGAAAGAAUGAAACUUCAAGAAGUGAACAGAAGUUUGCACGCUAGGGCAAGAGAAAAUAACGAUUUAUCAUUGCAUGCCAAUAGGAAGCUUUCGAUUUGCGGCGUCAUCAUCGGUCUUGAUAAUGAUGCUACUUCUACUACUACUACUACCACGACUACCACUACUACUGUUGCUACUGCUAUUACUACAACUGCUACUACAACUGCUGCUACAACUGCUGCCGAUAACGAUACCGAUAACAAUAACAAAAAUAAAAACGACAUCAUUUCUAGCGAAGAUCGAACUAAAUUAAAAACAACACCGGAAAAGGAUGAAUCGAUGACGUCAUCGUCGACGACGACGACGGCGGAAAUGACGAUGAUGAAGAGAAAAAAUAGAGAGAUAGUGAGAAAGUUGAAAAGUGAGGUUAACAAGUUAAAUGGAAUUUUGAAUUUAAAGAACGAACUGAUAGUAACUUUGGAGAGGGAAAUAGUAGAAAAAACAAAGAUAAUAUUUAACAUGACCAAAGAUGCUGAUGCAACGAAAACUGACCAACAAAAUAAGAUAUCACAAUACGAAAGAGAUCUAACCUCACUUCGCAACAGCCUACACGAGGUCAAACAACAAAACCAAGCCUUGACCUUUGAACUGGCCCAAAUAUCCGAGACGUUAAAACUUCUAAAAACGACGGAAAACGAAUUAAAUGAUAGACUGAAGGUAUCUCAAGAAAAAAUCAACGGUUUGUACGUCGAGAACAACAGGGUUCUGUCUCAACAUGAGGCAAUAACAAAAGUUUGUGAGAAAGUUGAGGAUGAGAAUGUCAAAUUGUUGAGUCAGCUAUCGAAUGCAAUGCAGCAGAACCACGAGUUACUCAUCAACCUGCUAACAAAUAAGGAACACCAGGCUGAAACACAGAGACAUUUUAUGGAGGAGCUAUCGAACAUGAGUCAGUCUAGAGAUAAGAUGGAGGCCUACAUAUUGGAGCAAUCACUGAGUCAGCAACUAGCGAAAAAAAAAGAAAAAGGCUUUAGAAAACUGUUUAACAAGUUCGGCAAGAAAAAGCAGAAGACGCCAAUGGACGGUGGUGACUUUGUGACGAAGCGCUUUUCCAUCCCAACCCCAUCAUCACACGUUUCAACGUUAUCAGACCUUAACGCUAACGCUACUAGCCUAAGUAAUACUGCUUUGUCUACUGCCAAUAUUGCUUCAAUGGCCACAAGUACUGCUACUACAGCAGCAGCUGUGGUGAGUACUACUGCUACUUCUACAGCUACUACUACAGCAGUUGCUCUAGUUACUACUACUCUUACUGCUUCUAAUGAUAAUAGUGUCAUAACUUCGGAUGGUAAUAUUUCAACUUUGUAUCAUGGUUCUAGAGGGAUUGUGACUGCAACUUGUGCAACUAAUAAUACUAACACUAAUUGUAGUACCAGUAACAAUGAAAACAAUACUACUACUGCAGCUACAGAUGUAGUAAACGCUUCUAGUCUGGAUGGUGUAGCUACUGGGACAGGGUUUGCUGACGAUCUUGGUGUUAUUAAAGAUGAAACUAAUAUAGUCGAAAAGACGGGUGAUGACAUUGAUGCUACUACUGCUGUUGCUGCUACAGCGGCUUCUGUUACUACUGUGGCUACUACUACUACUACUACUACUAUUUCUGAUAAUAAUAAUAAUGAUGAUGAUGAUGAGGAUAAUAACUCUGUCGACGCUAAUAUUUUUAAUACUAUCCCAUCUACCAUGACAACAACAGCCACUACCACUGCUACUGCUAUUCCUUCUACUGCUGAAAAUAAAUCUUGUAGUAGUAGUAAUAGUCCUAUUACAAAUAAUGAUAAUAAUAAUAAUAACAAUAAUAAUAAAAAUAAUGAUGAUGAUGUUUCGAAUGCGAUAAAGGCCAAUGAAAAUUCUUCUAGGCUCAGAGUGCAGUUUGUUGAAGUAGCUGGAGAAAACAGUGGCAAUAACAAUAACGACAUUAAUAAUAACAAUAAUAAUAAUAACAAUAACAAUAAUAAUAAUAAUAAUAAUAAUAAUAACAAUAAUAACAGCAAUAUUAAUAAUAACAGCAAUAAUAAUAAUAAUUGCGGUAGUGAUGUUGAUAAGACUGAUGUUAUAGAUACGGAUAUAAAAGUCAUCGACAACAACAACAACAACAACAACGACAACAGCAACAACAACUAUAAAAACGUUAGCGAUGACGUCAUAGUUGAUGAUGACAACAAAAACGGUGAUGGAAACAAUAACCAAAACAAUAGCAACAAUGAUAAUGGAGACAAUAACAAUAAUAAAAAUAAUAAUAACAACAACAAUAAUAAUAAUUCACGCAUGGACGAAUUUUCUGAAGACGACAGAUUAGAAGCGAUAAUUCAAAAAUAUACUCAACAGCAACCACAACAGCCACAGCAGCAGCAGCAGCAACAACAACUACAACCACUAAAGUCAAUCCUCCGGCAAAAACCGUCCACGCCAAAACCGGAAAAGCGUUCACACAUGAUGAAAAGUGAACUUCUGAAACCGUUUCAAUCUGAGUGGAAUAUAUCGACGAAGCAUCCUGACAGCAGCGGCAGCAGCAGUUUCUCAAAAAAACAUUCAACGUCCACUAAUAAAAUUGCGCCUCAUAAAUUUAAAUUCCCAAAUUUUAAAAAAUCCUCACUGCACAUCGCUAUUUCUUCUGCCGGAAGGAGGAUAGCAGACGAAAUGUCCAACCUGAAAGACAAAAUGUCCGACAGAUUUCAUCAUCACAAUCGCUACAGAGAUCGUUAUCAUGAAUAUCGACGUAGUUAUGUAGGAAAAAGUAUCGAUGAUGAUGAUGAUGAUUUUGGAUUUCACAGCGAUACUGAGAACACAAUGUUUAAAAGGCGUAGCAAUAUUUAUGAGGGAUCUAGGAAGCGAAAGAGUUUUGACAGUGGUCGCAAAAGUGGCGACGGCGACAAUGACGACAAAUUUAAUAAUCACAAAGUCAGUGAAAAACCUUUGUCAAAAACUUCUUCAAAAAGUGAAAAAUCAGAGAAAGUGAAAUUGAAGAAGGCAUCUUCUUUGAAAAAAGUAGCCGCUGACUUUGAGGAUGGUAGGCGCAGCUCUGGCGGAAGGUUUCACGACACCUCAAAGAACAUCCACCGGAGCAACAGUAAGUUAGUGAAGGAUGAAAGAUAUGGUGAUGGAGGAAAAACAAAAUCUGAAGAAGCUGAAAAAAAUGUGACAAAUAAAAAUGAAAAGAAUGUGGAUGUUGUAAGCGCAGAUUGUCAUGAAAACUUUAAAAAAAUUGACGGCGACAUCAAGACGAGCAGCAACAGCAGCAGCAACAACAACAGAAACACAGCAGCACUCAUUCCUCCGAUGAAACCAGCUAGAAUGAAACAUAGAGCUCCAUCACCUCCACCACCAUCACAACAACAACAACGAUAUCCAUCAUCAUCAUCAUCAUCUUUUCCGACAUCAUCAUUCCCAACAACAUCGUCAUCAUCUGCCCAUUCAACAUCACCAUUCCCGUCAACGUCUUCGUCUGCAUUUGAACCACAGCCCCACCACUCAUCUUCAAUGACGACGAAGAAGAAGAAAGGAGGUGCCAAAGCAAGCUUUCUCCGUAAAAGCCAGAGCAUGAGAAACGUCUUCAGCAUCACGAAGUGGAAAAAUAAAUUGCACCUGACUAGUAAAAGAAAAUUUAAACUUAAAGAAUUUCCGAAAGAUAGCGUCACUGGGGUUAGGGGUACUACUAACUCAGCUGGAAUCAGUGAAAAAAAUAAUUUAGGAUUUGUUGAUGUUGACGACGAUGACGAUGAGGAUGAAGAAGUUGGCCUCAAAAGAAGAGAAUUUUCAAAACUUACUUUUGCUACUUUGUCCGAGAGAAGACCAGCCAGAAGAGGGCAGAAGAAAAUCGCCAUUGACAACAAUUUUGACAAAACUGCCGGCAAAAAUGUCGAAAAUGAAAACUAUGUGAGAGAUGACGACGACAACACGGUAACUGCUGACAAAUCUGAUGCUGGUAAAAACGCAGUGGAGGAAAAAAGUUGCGACACUACGAAAGAUGGAAUGGGAAAAACUGAAAAUAAAUUUUCGGAGACGAAUAAUAGUAGCAAUAAUAACAACAACAAUAAUAAUAGUAAUAAUAACAAUAAUAGCAGUAGCCACAAAAAGAAAAACAUUAAAAGAAAUGAUGAUUCUAACGGCAUUGGUGGAAGAAGAUCAUUUUUCACUCUAAGUUCGGAAGAAUACGAUAUGGACCACGACGACAACCAAACAAUUGAUACUGCUACUACUGCCGCUACUACUGCUACUUCCACUACUACUAACACUACUACUGCUGCAGCUGCUACUAUUACUGCUGCUGCUACUACUACCUCCAUUACUACAGCAACUACCACAGCAACGACUACUGCACCAGUAAAACCAGUCAGAGCUUUUUUCAAAUCUCUCACUCUCAAGUCUAACAACUCACAAUCAAACUUACAACAACCACAACAGCAGCAGCAGCAGCUUCUACAACAGCAGCAGCAACAACAACAACACGGUGAACAGUAUAGAGAAUCAAAAGUUUGCAUAUGA